AUGGUCUCCCGAUCCGCCGAAGGGAGCGAGGGACACACUCGCCCUCUCACCCCCUCGUCGAGAACACCCGGAACCCCGAUAAAGCCGCGAUUGCCACGAGUCGGAACGAGUCCGACGAAGCGGGAUGAGAAAACAAAGGACGAUAAGGUUUUGAAGUCGUCAGCGAAAGAUGUUGCUGAGCUCAAGGACUAUCAAUUGGGCGACUGCCUGGGGAAAGGAGCGUUUGGCUCUGUGUAUCGUGCGUUGAACUGGAACACUGGAGAAACUGUCGCCGUCAAACAGAUCAAGUUGACGGACCUCCCAAAAAGCGAAUUACGCGUGAUCAUGCUUGAGAUUGACCUCUUGAAAAAUCUUGACCACCCCAACAUUGUCAAGUACCACGGUUUUGUGAAGUCUGCGGAAACGCUCAACAUCAUUCUUGAAUAUUGUGAAAAUGGCUCCUUACAUUCGAUUGCAAAGAACUUUGGUCGUUUCCCCGAGAACCUCGUGGGUCUGUACAUGUCCCAGGUUCUUCAUGGCCUGCUCUACUUGCAUGAACAGGGUGUCAUCCACCGAGAUAUCAAAGGCGCCAACAUUCUGACCACAAAGGAAGGCUUGGUUAAGCUCGCAGAUUUCGGUGUGGCCAGCCGGACUACAGGUCUCAGCGAAUCAAGUGUGGUUGGUACGCCAUACUGGAUGGCCCCUGAGGUAAUCGAGCUUUCCGGUGCAACCACUGCUUCGGAUAUCUGGAGCUUAGGAUGUACUGUCAUCGAACUGCUCGAGGGAAAUCCCCCUUAUCACAAUAUGCAGCCAAUGCCAGCAUUGUUUCGUAUCGUGAACGAUGACCACCCUCCAUUCUCACAGGGUGCUUCGCCGGCUGUGAAAGAUUUCUUGAUGCAAUGUUUCCAAAAGGAUCCCAACCUUCGAGUUUCAGCACGCAAGUUGCUCAAACAUCCAUGGAUUGUCAAUGCCCGGAGAACUGAAUCUGUCAUCCCAAAGAAAUCUACAGAAUACGAAGAAGCCGUCAAGAGUGUUCAAGAAUGGAACGAGGCAUUGCGGUCACCCGAAACAGUGACUUCAAAAAGAAAGCCUAAACACGAAAACUCCAACAAUGCAGGCCUGCCAUCCACUAGAAACAACCCAUUGGUCGAUACCUUACCGUCACCAACUUCUAUGAGGUCUGCAGAUCGUUUCCGAUCACCCACAGUUCCCGGCGAGGACAAUUGGGACGAUGACUUUGCGUCCGCAAUAUCCCCCAGCGCACUCAAGCUGCCGCAUCUACAGCCCCAGGAUAACUUCGGGGGCAUGCUUUCUUCGGAGAAACUCAAGGCCUUUGCUUCACUUGAUGGGACUAUACUUAAAGCGGAUGACAGCUUUGAUAGCUUUGAUGACGGCUCAGUGUUCUCGGACGAUGUGCAAACGAUCCGACCAUAUCCUACCAAGACUGCCGUGGCAGAGCCUUCAAAGUCUCAAAACCCCACACGCCCCCAGUCUAUGUCUAGCACUCCAGUUUCUGCAACACAAAAUGUUCCCAUUCUUACUCAAAAUCCCAUGCCAAGAGGUUCUCGGCCAUCUGCCCGUCCAGCUACUUUAUUCAAAGAGAGCUCCGUCGACGAUUAUUCCGACCUUAUUAAGGCCAAUGAAGAUGUACUAGAUCAGAAACUAGGUGGCUACCAGGAGUUUGAAGAUGACCCAUCAUCACCUAUUCAUGAGAACAUCGGAUAUAACCCGCCAGAUGAACAGUUUGGCUUCUCUCAACCCCAGCUACGCAAACAGCUUUCUGUAAAGCGAGACCGCUCGGGAAUCGAGAUCCAGAGGUUUGCGGAGAAUGAGAACGAUGAGGACUUCUCCGACAUUCUUGGGGCUGGUCAAACUGCCAUUCAUCAGACAAGUGAUGACAGUGGCUCGGACCAAAAUACAUUGAUGCUGAACUCGAAGCUUAAUAGUAAUGCAUGGCUAGGAGAUCAAGAUGACGAAGAUGAUCCCUUCGCUCAACUGGAAGAGGCUUUCGAUGAGGUUAAUCUGGAGGAAAAUAUUGCGCGUGAUAAGUAUGCACGUCUUCGGAAUCAAGUCGAGGGUCUUGUCGACUCUCUUAAGACAUCCCAAGACGAAGAAGUCCUCGCGGAGAUUUCUGAGCAGUUGUUCAACAUCUUCUGUGAUCUUCCGGAAACCAAGAACAUUAUCAUCAGUGCUCACGGCAUGCUACCGAUUCUCGAGAUUCUUGAUACUACUCGACGACGCGACAUUGUAUUCUGUCUGCUGAGAGUCGUCAACGCAAUCAUCUAUGAUGAUUAUGAGGUCCAGGAAAAUCUCUGCUUCGUUGGUGGUAUCCCUAUCAUCAAUGAGUUCGCAUCGAAGAAGUACCCUCGCGAAAUUCGACUCGAGGCUGCCGCUUUCGUGGAGCAGAUGUACCAGACUUCUACUUUGACCCUCCAGAUGUUCGUAAGUGCUGGAGGUUUGAACGUUCUGGUCGAGUUUUUAGAGGACGAUUACGAAGACGAACGCGAGUUGGUCUUGAUUGGUGUGAAUGGAAUUUGGAGUGUAUUUGAGCUGCAAGGGUCCACCCCCAAAAACGAUUUCUGUAGAAUCUUGUCUCGCAACUCCGUUCUUGAUCCAUUGUCUCUAGUUCUGAGUCGCGCUCUGGAUGAGGGUGGCGAGCUAGCGGAAGUUAUUGAGGGUCGUAUUGCCAAUAUCUUUUUUAUAUUCUCGCAGGCCGAGAAUCAUGUCAAGGAGAUGGUUGCCGAGCGAACAGUCUUGCACAGAGUUUUGAAAGAACUGCGGCGAAUGAGCCCAGUCCACCAAAUUACGAUGUUAAAGUUCAUCAAAAACCUGUCCAUGCUUUCAACAACUCUUGAUUCACUUCAGAACUCCAACGCAAUCGAUGUCCUGAUUGAUCUGCUCCGAUCAAACUUCAAGCGAGUUUAUUCCCGCGAGGUCUCGAAUCAGAUCCUAAACACCAUCUACAACAUGUGCCGUCUUAACAAGUCUCGACAAGAAGACGCCGCACUAAACGGCAUAGUGCCACUUCUGCAAAAGAUUACUAACACAGAGCGUCCUUUGAAAGAGUUCGCUCUCCCAAUUCUCUGUGACAUGGCACAGUCUGGAAAGGUCGGUCGUCGCGAGUUGUGGCGCAACAAGGGUCUAGCCUUCUACAUCUCUUUGUUAGAAGAUCCAUACUGGCAGGUCACUGCUCUGGAUGCUAUUCAUACCUGGCUUCAAGAAGAAACUGCCAAGGUCGAAGAGCACCUGCUGCAAGGUAUCUUUAAAGAUGGCAAGACAUUUACUGAUGCCGUCGUACAAUGUUUGAAGCUUUCCAAAGCUAACGCAUUCGAAAACACCCUUGAGCCUCUGCAAAAGCUCGUGCGUCUCAGCCCUCAGGUUGCAUCCACAUUUGUGCGAUCCGACCUGUUCACAAGACUGAGGCAGAAGCUCCACCACAGCAAAGCUGCUGUUCGUCUUAAUCUUCUACGCAUAAUUGCCAGUAUUUGUGACUCCAAUGAAGACCAAGGCGGGCUACUCGCAACAUAUGGUCUUCUUGAUUCUAUCCGAAAUAUGGAAAAUGACCCCGCUAUCCUGGUCAGAGAUAUGGCAGGCAAGCUGGUACGAUCCAGCGAGGCAUUUGUUGCCAAACGAAGACCGACUACGGCUCGGCGACAAAGCACAUCUACCACCCCACCAAUCUUAUUCUCGGGCUCCUCUACCCCCUCCACUCCCUCGUCAAACCGCGCCGGUCAGUCCAGAGGGUAUCUGGAAGGCCGCGAGACACCCCGACAUCCACGCAACUCCCUUGGCGUAUCCUCUCUGGCUAUGAGACCUGGCAGCCGGGAUGGAAGUAGCCCAGCCCUUGGGUCAGCCGUGAACUCGAGCAACGCGGCCGCAGCCAGGCCCAGAUCUGCACGACCUCUCUCUAACCGAAUGUCUCAAAUUGAAAUGCUGCGCGAGGAAGAUGAUAGUAGUACUCCGAGCUCCUUGAGCCGCCGGCCUUCGAUCAUCCCUCGACGCCGCCGUCCCACCCUGGCGGACUCUGAAUGGACGUAA